AGAUGGGGGGCGGACUUGUUUAGCUGGACCCUGUAGCGUUUUGUAUCAGAAUCCAUCGAAAUGGAGCCUAUGAGACACCGGCAUCUUCGACGGUAAACGUUCCUGAGUGACCUUGUGACGGCCAACAAGAAGACAAAACAAUGGGGAACACAAGCAGUGAGCGGGCUGGAAUGGGUCAUGGGGAGAAGGCUCAGCGGAGAGACAGCCGGGGCAUCAAAGAGGGAGAGAGACCCAAAAUUCUCAUGGAUAGCCCAGAGGAUGCUGAUAUUUUCCACGGAGAAGACAUGAAGGCCCCUCUAGGGAAGGAGGAGUUCCUUGCCUGGCAGCAGGACCUGGAAGCAGAUGAUAAAGGCCUGGCUGUUGACCGACCAACCGUUUUUCGCUGGACAGGGGACGGAAAAGAGGUCUACCUCUCUGGGUCUUUCAACAACUGGGCCAAUAAGAUUCCCUUAAUAAGAAGGUGGGGGCAAUUCAACACAUUUGUGGCAAUUGUAGAUCUACCUGAGGGGGAACAUCAGUACAAGUUUUAUGUAGAUGGCCAGUGGACCCAUGACCCAACUGAACCUGUUGUGACCAGCCAGCUGGGCACCGUUAAUAAUAUCAUCCAGGUGAAGAAAACUGACUUUGAGGUGUUUGAUGCUCUCAUGGUGGACUCACAAAAAUCCUCUGACGUGUCAGACCUGUCCAGCUCUCCGCCUGGCCCAUAUCACCAGGAUGCUUAUGUUCCCAAACAGGAUGAAAAGUUUAAGUCCCCACCUAUCCUCCCUCCACACCUCCUCCAAGUCAUCCUCAACAAAGACACUGGAAUAUCUUGUGACCCUGCGUUACUUCCAGAACCGAACCACGUCAUGCUCAAUCACCUUUACGCGCUUUCAAUUAAGGAUGGAGUGAUGGUGCUUAGUGCGACACAUCGGUAUAAGAAGAAAUAUGUCACCACUUUAUUGUAUAAACCCAUCUAAUGGCCAUGUUUCAUUCCAGUAGUCUGUGCGUGAACUAUACACCAAGUGUGCAGAAUAUUUCUUCCAUUUGUUUUUGAAUUUCUUCCAUGAAAUAGAAAAAUUGGAUGAAACCUGUUAAAAAUCCCUCACCUGUUCACGUCAAUCCAAGUUGACUACUGAAUGAAGGACUCUAUAAUGGUGUGAUUUUAUUUUUAUUUUUUAUUUAAACAUAAUUACAAAAUUGUAAUUCUUUACAGUGAGAGAUGAUUUGUUAUAUUAAAUUAUACAAGUUGAAAGGCAUUUCAGAGACAUUUUCAAACAUACAAAACAUUUCAAAUAUUUUGUACGAAUAUCCUUUGAGAGGAUAUUCAUGCAAAUUUUGAUGACAUGACAUUUAGCUUUUUGAACUUCUAACAUAAGCAUUGAAAUGCGUUAGUUAAAUGUUUUACCUUUUUGUUGUUACAGACGAAACUGUUGCAGUGGUGCUUGAAAAUGUAUUUGAAGUCAUUUUUUUUAACAGUAAUGGCCAGAAUGACUUUUUUUUUUUUUUUUUUACUUUUAAGGCGUAAUCCUCAGACUUUAAUCAAAACUUGACUAUGGGAAGAGAGACAGGUGCAGAUUAGCAGAAUGAAGGAGUAUCAGAGUCUUAUCUGGUCGCCAAAGGAGAUUACUUAGAACCUCAAACUGAGAGUUGUUGAAUCUUAUUAGACUAAAGCCUCAGACAUGGUUGCUGUCUGCAUCAGUUUCAUCCUCCACUGAGUGAAGAAUUGUGGGUAAUCAGCCGUUGCUAACAAACUUGCUUCCAGCCCCCUCAAAAGUAACAAUCCAGUGCCUUCGGAGAUGAUGCAGUGUGUGUGUGUGUCGAAUGCCCGAAGCAACACAGUGAGCAAUACGAAGAAGAAAAGUCAGUGUCGUGAAAAGAGAAUAUUGCUUUGCUUUUUUUGCAUUUUUUUUUUUUUAAGUUUGUUAUAAUUUGCAUUAAAAAGUCAGCAGACUGAUUGGGGAGAAAAAUACAACAAAAAAGAUGAUAGAGUAAGAAUAACAUUUACCUUGUUUGAGGCAACAAAGAAAAGAUUAUUGCAAUUUUUUCAUAAGUGAAGAUAAAGUUAAAAGUCGUUUGAUUUUCAAGCAGAAAACACACUUAUAGUGAUUUAUACUGCGCAUAUCUAAUUAUUGUAAACAUCCACCUAAGGUUGUAAAUGUGUCAGUUAUUACAUUCCUAUUUAAUAUGCCUUUCCUUGUACAUUAAUUUGCAGGAAUAUGUUUCCUCUGUAGAAUACAUAUGAAAGCAAUUAUGAUUUGGUAGGACACUGAAGCGUUUUAAAUCGAAACAUAUACAAAGUUGUAAUCGUCAAUCAUGCUGAUAGAAAUAUGUGUAAAUAAGGCUGCUGCUGUCUUUCCCAUGGUUGAGACAAGACGUCACCAAUCAAGAAUGUGAACCUUCAGGUUACAGACUGAACAUAUGCUCCGAGGCAGUUAUCUGCGUGUUCUCUUCUGCUGUUUAUAUUGAUGGGGAAAUGUACACAGUGCUGAGCACACAAGACAAAGAUUAUAUAUUUUCUAGAGCUAUUAGAGAUUCUAUUAUUUAUAUUUUGGUUGCUGUAGUUCAUUCUGUUGAUCCAGAUUGUUUUUAUUGUGUUGAUUGCCUUGUAUGGUAAAAACCAUUUCACUCAAAAGUUUUAACUAUUGAUUUGAUGUUGAAUUUGUGCACUAACAUGACAAUGUAUCGGAAGAUACCGCUGUCAUAUUUUUCUGCUUGAUGAAGAUUAAAUUAAGAUCACCUCCAA